AUGCCGGCCUACGAACUUCGAUCCGGGGGUGAUGUCAAGAACAAGAAGCAGAGCGUGGCCGACCUCAAGUACCGCCGAUUGACGGAGCUCAAUGCCCGUCUAAAGGAGGAUCUGGACCGUCCCCGGGUCAAGGUGUCCGAGGCAGCUCUCUCGCUCAUCAGCUACUGCAACAACACCCGCGACUUCAUGGUUCCGUCUGUAUGGGGACAGGUCGACAAGCGCGAGGACCCGUACGCUCCGCAGCAGCAGGGCGGCUGCUGCACUGUCAUGUAA